GACCAGCGGCAGCUUGCAGAGGCUGUAUGCUGCGUGCUGGUAGGUGAGGCUGCUGUGGUAGCCACGGCAUUAGAGGCAGUGGAGGCGCGUCUCCAGCGAAUUCAGCGCCAGAAGGGCAAGGCUCCAAGCGCGGAGGCCUGGCGCCAGCGACAGGAGCGCCGGCGAGAGGCGUGGUCGGUUGAUGUCAGAAGAGUAGAGCCGUUUGAGGAUGCGAAG